GGCGCCCGCGGGCCGCAGCCUCAGCCGGAUAAAAGGGCCCCAGGGCGCCCCGGGAGGUCCGUCAGCGCUGCUCGGCCGUGGCAUCCGGCCCCUGCCCGACCAUCUGUGCUGCAGCUGGUGAGCCCCCGCCUGGCCCCUGGCCCCAGGUGCCUUGGCCCCAGCGGCCCUUGAAGUCACCACGAUGCGGUCCCUACCAGCUGCCCUCUCCCUGCUCCUGCUGCUGCUGCAGGCCCCCCCUUGCAGGCUGCAGUCACUGAGCACUGUGCAGCUACGGCUCGUGGGCCCAGGCAGCAGGCCUGAGGAGGGCCGCCUGGAGGUGCUGUACCAGGGCCAGUGGGGGACUGUGUGCGACGAUGACUUCGCUCUCCAGGAGGCCACCGUGGCCUGCCGCCAACUGGGCUUUGAAACAGCCCUGACCUGGGCCCACAGUGCCAAGUAUGGCCAAGGGGAGGGACCCAUCUGGCUGGACAAUGUGCGCUGUAUGGGCACAGAGAGCUCCCUGGACCAGUGCAUGUCCAAUGGCUGGGGUGUCAGUGACUGCAGCCACUCAGAGGACAUUGGGGUGGUGUGCCACCCCCAGCGCCAGCGUGGCUAUCUUUCUGAGAGGGUCUCCAAUGCCCUUGGGCCCCAGGGCCGGCGUCUGGAGGAGGUGCGGCUCAAGCCCAUCCUCGCCAGUGCCAAGCGGCACAGCCUGGUGACCGAGGGAGCAGUGGAGGUGAAGUACGAGGGCCACUGGCGGCAGGUGUGUGACCAGGACUGGACCAGGAACAACAGCAAGGUGGUAUGUGGGAUGCUGGGCUUCCCCAGCGAGGCACCUAUCAACAGCCUCUACUACAGGAAAGUCUGGAACUUGAAGAUGAAGGACCCCAAGUCUAGGCUGAAGAGCCUGACACAGAAGAAUUCCUUCUGGAUUCACCGGGUCAGCUGCCUGGGGACAGAGCCCCACAUGGCCAGCUGCCAGGUGCAGGUGGCACCAGCUCGGGGCAAGCUGCGGCCGGCCUGCCCAGGUGGCAUGCAUGCUGUGGUCAACUGUGUGCCGGGGCCCCGCUUCCACCCUGCGAAAGCAAAGCCCGGGCGCAGGGAGUCUCGGGCAGAGGAGCUGAAGGUCCGCCUCCGCUCCGGGGCCCAGGUGGGGGAGGGCCGGGUCGAGGUGCUCGUGAACCACCAGUGGGGGACGGUCUGUGACCACGGAUGGAACCUCAUCUCCGCCAGCAUCGUGUGUCGUCAGCUUGGCUUUGGCUCGGCUCGGGAGGCCCUCUUUGGGGCCCAGCUGGGCCAAGGGUUGGGACCCAUCCACCUGAGUGAGGUGCGCUGCAGGGGUUACGAGCAGACCCUCAGUGACUGCCCCUCCCUGGAAGGGUCCCAGAAUGGUUGUCAGCAUGAGAAUGAUGCUGCCGUCAGGUGCAACGUCCCUGACAUGGGCUUCCAGAAUCAGGUGCGCUUGGCCGGUGGGCGCAGCCCCGAGGAGGGUGUGGUGGAAGUGCAGGUGGAGGUGAACGGAGUCCGACGCUGGGGGGCCGUGUGCAGCGACCACUGGGGGCUCACCGAAGCCAUGGUGGCCUGCCGACAGCUCGGCCUGGGUUUUGCCAGCCACGCAAUCAAGGACACCUGGUACUGGCAGGGGACGCCGGGCGCCGGAGACGUGGUGAUGAGCGGCAUGCGCUGCUUGGGCACCGAGCUAGCCCUGCAGCAGUGUCAGAGGCAUGGGCCGGUGCACUGCUCCCACGGCUCAGGGCGCUUCUCGGCCGGGGUUUCCUGCACAGACAGCGCUCCGGACCUGGUGAUGAACGCCCAGCUCGUGCAGGAGACGGCCUACCUGGAGGACCGCCCACUUAGCCAGCUGUACUGCGCCCAUGAGGAGAACUGCCUCUCCCAGUCCGCUGACCACAUGGACUGGCCCUACGGGCACCGGCGCCUCUUGCGCUUCUCCUCGCAGAUCUACAACCUGGGCCGCGCCGACUUCCGGCCCAAGACAGGACGCCACAGCUGGAUUUGGCACCAGUGCCACAGGCACUACCACAGCAUCGAGGUCUUCACCCACUACGACCUACUCACUCUCAAUGGCUCCAAGGUGGCUGAGGGGCACAAGGCCAGCUUCUGCCUGGAGGACACGAGCUGCCCCACUGGACUGCAGAAGCGCUAUGCAUGUGCCAAUUUCGGGGAACAGGGAGUGACUGUCGGCUGCUGGGACACCUAUCGGCAUGACAUUGAUUGCCAGUGGGUGGAUAUUACAGAUGUGGGCCCUGGGAAUUACAUCUUCCAGGUGGUUGUGAACCCCCAAUACGAGGUGGCGGAGUCCGAUUUCUCGAACAACAUGAUGCGGUGCCGCUGCAAGUAUGACGGGCACCGGGUCUGGCUGCACAACUGCCACACAGGGGAUUCCUACCGAGCUAAUGCAGAGCUCUCCCUGGAGCAGGAGCAGCGUCUCAGGAACAACCUCAUCUGA